ACAGAACACUGGAGUGUUUCUUUUCAAGUUAGUUGUGCCUGUGUUCACGGGUCGUUCAGUUUCUUGGGAAGACGAUUUCAGCAGACACUGAAAUAUACCAAUGCCCGUGCUGAACUUUGGACUUUGAACCCCUGUACAGUUCGGGUGUGUUGGCAUAGUGCGGUAAACCGGUUCCAGCUUCUCUUCUGCAAUACUCUUCGUGCUCGAAAAUUGGUCAUCGAAUUGUAAUGUAGCAUUAGCCACGAUAUCCAUCUUCUGCCAUUCAUUGUGUGAACGAUAUCAAGUAGUGGAUGCCAACCUUGGCGUUUAGCCACGCCGAUUCAGCCAAUCAACUUUGAGGACCAGUUCGUAACAUAGGGAAGAAUCGGGUAGAGAGCAAAUACUGAAAUAGGCGUCAUCGACUAGAUUGAAGCGGAUGUGGGUGGACGUUGAGUGUCCCUUGGCCAUUCUACCUUCUACUAUUUUAGUGACCUGGUAACAAGUCCAGCGUCGUCCGAAAGCAUUCACCUCUGUUCUGUUCUGUCCAUGGCUGCGGUAGUGGAGAGCAAUACUGUGCAGCAGGUUCAGGUCAAUCCGCCUGCUGCAGGGGAUGAAUCGGAGCGUUUAGAAGAUGCUGCGGCCGGAGUAGCAUCGUGGGUGCAGUAUUGGCAAGGAGAGGUGCCUGGAGACGCAGCGCCAGAUGACACAACAGCUCCGAAAUCUCAGCUUCCAGCUACCCCUGCAGCAGACCUCAGUCCAGAACGAAAGAAAGCCAUAGCGGUGAUAAAGGAAGCACAGGAGACAGAAGGAGUGGCAACACUUGUGAACAAGCUCACAAGUGUCAUUGAAGAUAAAGAGAGCUUGGUCAGAGAAGCAGCGGACCGGAAUGCUGAAGUAGAGCUACUGAGGGGUCAGCUCGAGAUAGCACAAGCACAGCUUGCCGAAGCAAGGAAGAUUAAUUCACGUCUUGAUCAACCACUGUCGUCUCACUCCCGGGUUUCACAGCGCCCUCAGAGCCAAACUGAGAUCAGCACACACUCCCUGUUGGACAGAUGCCUCAGCUCUCUCAGCCAGCAAAGCAGCAAGAGUCGGUUAGAGAGUUCGCUGGAUGACAUUGAUGACGCACUCAACAUGAUCCAGCAGAAUGCUGGAAAUCCGGACAGGGCUGUACGCUCAUUGCUCAACACCACCAGGAACCAAGUGAAGCUUGCACUUGGUGAGAUUGAGGCCAUUGUGACACAUGAUGACAACCUUGAAAGACAGUACGAGGAAGCUGUCAAGAUCAAUUCGGGGCUGGAGCGUGAUUUGGAUAGAACCCGUCGUGAGAUGAGGCACUUGAAGGGCAAGCUAUCAAUCAGUGAGUACAUUCCGACGGCAAUGAGGAAGGAAAAGGCACGGCAGCGGGAUUUAGCAAAAUCAAGACGAAAAAUUACAUUGGACGUGCAGAGGACUCGUGCCAAGGCAGAGGCGCAGCUCUCCCAUAUUCCCCUGACAGCCAGGGAACGCAGUAAAACCGUCAAUUCCCGUGGAGACUAUUUCGACUCACGCCGAACUGGUGCAAGGUCCCCGUGGCAAAGACAAACGAUGGAGACGUCCUCUUCUGCAAGGCCCAAACAUCGCCGUUCUACAAGUGAGCCGCUGCCGCCACCGCUGGUUGGAUGCCGGUGCUCGGUAUGCCGAUCUGUGCAGUCUCUGGGUGGCACAAGCGUGCCCCAUGUCAAAGGAAGUUCAAUGUCACGUGCAAAUCAAAGGGACAUACAACAAAUUGUUCUUGGCAAUCGCAUCACGUUGAAGGGAGGAAGGCAAGGAAUCGUCAGAUACAUUGGCAGGCUGCAUGCUGACGCAGCUGGCCAGACCAUCUUCAUCGGCGUGCAUCUGGACGAGCCAGUUGGACGUCACAGUGGAACGCUAGAUGGACGCCGUUACUUCUCGUGUCCUCCGGAAUGUGGACUGUUCGUGACGGUCUCGGAUAUCCUGGAUGUUGGUGGGAAGCAGGUUGCUCUUGGGACAUCAUUACCAGCCAGCAGAGCACGAGGAAUGAGCCGUGGCACAAGGUCCGUUGCACAAUCGCGUAAUGCAGCUGAUAGUCACCUUCAGUUGAGCCCAAGACGUCAGACAAAGAAACAUCCCCCGGGCUUUCAAGCGGCAAAUUUCUCUGACACAUGGCCACCCGGAAGACCUAAGGAAGCAAAGAAACAAGACGAGGUGGAUGGAACACCUAAACUUCCCCCCAUCUCUGAGAAACAGCAUUCACUAACUACAAGCAAGAUUGAGACGUCUUCGCGGCCAUCCCAGUCCGUUGCCUCACAGCACACUGCAGAUACUUCACGUCGGACCGCCGAAACAGGACCAAGCAAAAGGUCUGCUUCCACCAUUGCUACCACUCGGACGGGAGCAACAACAGCCGCAUCUGAACUCUCCUCUAAGCAGAUACAGACCGAGCCAGCAGAAGAACAGGCUACCAAGAAAGCAACAACUGACGGUGCAUCUGAGGAGGAAAUUGACAAUAUCAGCCAGCGCCUCUCAACUCUUCUUGAUCAUGGUCGCCGUGAGGACGGCCGGAUACGGCAAUCUCAAGUGAUGACGUCUGGUUUGGACUACUACACUGUUGAGGAUUUCCUGCGCGAUCUAUUUCUCCUUGGCGACUACGAUAGAUCCGGACUUAUUUCAUCCGAAGACUUCAUGAACCUACUGCUCUCGCAAGCACUGCACCUUCACUUGACACCAGCAGAGCAAAGCCUACUUCUCAGCAAGCUGAAACACAUGCAAGAUGGACGGAUUCCCUAUGCAGCAUCUGUGCCCCACCUGGGUCUAAUGCUGCAAGAGGUCAAGGUUGAAACUCGGUCAAUGCCAUCUGCUAAUGAUUGGUGUAACUUGUAUUCAUCAGCUGCCAACGAUGUUGUUUUCUGGAACGUUCGCACCGGUGACGUGACUUGUGAUCCUCCCGACGAGAUCAACGUGGCUGAAAUCACUCAGGAGCUGACCGAAGACAAGGUUGAUGUGGAGAUGGCUAUCUUGGAGGCAUUGCUUCAGGGCUUCCAAGAGAAGGACUUAGGCAACAGUGGCUUCCUGAAACCUCGCGAAUUCACCAAUGUUCUGAUCUCCAAUGGCUGUCCGCUCCAGCUAUCACCAGCUGAAGCAGAGCAGGUUCUCGUCCAGUGUGGAGCAGACCUGGACAUUGACAUGGGUAUACCGUACCUGAACAAUGUCCCAGACAUCCGCGAAUUCAUUGCUCAGGUGCAAAGCGCCAGUGUUGCAGCGGAGGAGGAGAAUGAAGAGACCAACUUUGGCUGGACACAGGCUUUCUUCUCUAGCUUUGGUGUCUACUACUUGCACAAGCAAACAUCAAUUGCACAGUACCACCGUCCGCCACACUGCUUACCAAGGGUACCCACCGACGCAGAACAAUAGUACAGAGCUGGUCAUAUGGCACUGCCAGCACCAAUAGUUACAGAACACACGUGUAUUUGUAUGCUGCUUCAUGCUCGAGCUCAAAACAUAAAGAGUGUGUGCAUGCGUGCAGGUGUGUGUGUGCGUGUGUGUGUGUGUGUGUGUGUGUGUGUGUGUGUGUGUGUGUGAGAGAGAGAGAGAGAGAGAGAGAGAGAGAGAGAGAGAGAGAGAGAGAGAAGGGAUAAAUUCUUUCAUGCGUCAAUGCACCAGACUCAGUCUAGUGCACAUCGGGGCUUCACAUUGGAACGCAUAAUUCGUUUUAAAAGAUUUCCUAGAAACUUGAGCGGUGUGAUUAUGGCCGCGUGAAAAGAUAACGGCUAAGGUACGGCGGUGUGGUAGAAAUGACUGCCUCAGUCACACUAUCGCUCUAGGCCUGAGCAUACACGUAUGCCAUGCAGCUAGUAAAGUUUGAGUUUGCACCGUGUACUGACAUGUAUAGCGUGACUAUAGCUCGGUGUUACAUGUACAUGUCCAUGUCCAUGCUGCCAUUCUUAUUGCCCUACGUGUAUGGAUAUUCCAGCGAGGAGUGCUUCUGUUAUCACAGUUAUCACCUCGCUGAUCAGCUUUUUUAUAUUAUUUUUAUAUUACACAUUUUUCCGCAGAAUGCGUGCAAUUGCGCCAUAGCAACCCUAUAAACACCUGGCUCACACUCAUUGAACAUUGACAUAUACAUGUAUUAAUGAUAGCUUGCAUGCCGUCCUGCCCGUAGGACCCAAGACGUCACUCCGUGAAAGUGCUUUUGGUUGAGAAUUUUUUCGAAAAAAUUGUUGAGAUGUGGUCUUUGUAAGGCAAAGUAAUGGCGCAAAAUGCAAGACUAUGUCCAGUGCUUAGCAUACAUGUACUGGUAUGUGCAAUUUUAUCUAUUGUCAAAAUGGCCGCACAUGCUCCUGUCGCAACGCUCGCAACUACAUGUAUGUCCAAAGUGAAUUUUGACCUUGGUA